AUGGUCCCUAUAGGAAAGACAACACCGAAAAAGAAGACAAGAACAACAAAAGGAAGAAAACUCACAAGAAGCAGCCACUUCAAGAACCAACAUCUAGAGAGCAAAAAACAAGAAACAUCAUCUGAAAACAAGGACAGGAACAUGGAUUCUGAUAAGGUUGUUGAUGAUGUUUCUGUUUCCACCACAAGUAAGAGUAUAUGUUCAACGCCAAAAGGUCAAAAGUUUCGGAUACCAGAAAUCUCAACAUGUCCACCUGCACCAAAGAAGAAAAGAGUGCUUUCAAAUUUCUCUCUUCGUAGGGCUUUUUUUGCACCACCAGACUUGGAGAUCUUUCUGUGUGUUGCACUUCAAGAUUCUCCACUUUCAUUUGUUUGCUAG